AUGGAAAACUUCAACAGUCCUGUUGUGGCCGACGAUUUAGAAUCAUGGUUGGAGAGUACACAGUAUUGUGAAAACUGUCAAAAACUCUCCAAGACCAUCAAGAACAGAGAAACUGUUUUGAAAAAGUUGAAAUCAAGGAUCAUAGCAACUGAUAAAAUCAUCAAGCAGUUUCACUUGAAGAAGAAUGAGCUUACACACACUCAACAGCAGUUGAUCAGUGUGACAGAAAAACUAAAAACAGCUGAUAAACUUUCUCAAACUUUACAAUCCAAAGUUGUUUGCUUUCUCAAUAAAGAUCCAUCAAACCAGGCAAAAGAUGAGUUUGAAAAAAAAUUGGCUGAAAAGGAAUCUACAAUAAGAAGCCUUCAAGAACGUUUAAGAUUCACUGAGGGUGAACAUAAAAUUUUCAAGGAAUCAUCAGAAUUCUCUCUUACAGAGACAGAAAGAUUAAAAAAUGAAGUCAAACGUCAGGCAAAGCUUAUCCAGUCUCUGGAGACAAAUCAAAAGAGAAAGACACUACAACUGGAAAAGUCCAAAAUUCCAUUACUUGACUUUGGUGGCACCUAUCUUGUCUCUCUUUAA